GCAACACUAGCAGGUGCACGUGUUUAUGUUUUGAACUACUAUAAUCAUUUGUGGUUAUUUCGAGGAAAAUAUUUUUUUUUCAUAUUUUACUAAAUAAGUUUUACUAUACUGUGAUAAAUGAAUUAUAUACAGCAAUGUUGUUGACGGAGGAUAAAGAAAUUGACAUAUUCGUCGCAAGUAAAAUAGGUUCUUUCAAACAUAUAAAAUACCAUACAAAUAGAUCAAAAAACAGUAAAAAGUGCAUCGAAAACUUGGUAGACAUAAAGUCCCUUCAGAAAGAUGACAGCAUUACAUGUAUGGAAUGGGGGAAUGGUGAUCAAACAGAAGUACUGCUUGGUAGGACUAACCAGGAGAUCCAAAUUUACAACACAGAAAAACGGGCAGUCACAAAGACAUACACUGCAGACUUCUCCACAGGCCACAUUGUCGGUCUUGGCCGCUGCAAACGAAAGGUUCUUGCGGCACUGUCCAGUGGAGUCGUCAAGAUCUGGAGCAGAAAGGAUGAGAACAUUGUAGAAACAGGGAAGCUGGAUACAAUGAGAGUGUGCACUGAUGAACCAACUAUGUUUGCCACAGGUGGUGAAGAAAAUGACCUUAAAAUCUGGCGUGUCGGUGAUUCCGUGCCAAUCUUUAGUGCUAAGAAUCUGGCCCACGAUUGGCUUCAACUCCGGAGGCCAGUGUGGGUCACCGACCUUACAUUCUUACCUGGAGAAGGAGGCCACUUGGCUGCUGCAUGCUCAAGGCAUGGAUAUGUCAGGAUGUAUGACUCCAGAGUUCAACGUCGUCCAGUCAUCAAUGUAGACUUCGAAAUGGCCGCCACCUGUAUUACCCCAAGUUUUGAUGAACGUCAAGUCCUAGUCGGCUUCGGGCGAGGCCAGCUGCAUCAAGUAGACCUCCGCAAGGCCAAACCGGACAAAGGUUAUAAAGGUGCAGCGGGAGCCAUUACAGAUAUAGCAAUCGUUCCUGCAGACAAGUUAAUCGUGAGCACGAGCCUGGAUAGACACUUAAGGAUACACAAAUAUGAUACCAAGGAAUUGGUCUAUAAGCAAUAUCUAACAUCUAAAUUAUCAAAGGUCCUGGUCCAAACCACAUGCAACACUCCAUUGCUGUCUGGACCAGUUGAGGAAACCAAAUCCGAAGUAGAUGAGAUGGAUCAGAUAUUUGACAGAAUGGAGACUGUGAGUGAACAAUCGAAAACAAAGUCUGACGAUCAGAUACCUGCUAAGAAAUCCAAGCAUUCAGAUCCAGAAGAAGCCAUCAAGAAUCUUCUCCGCAAAACAGAGAAGACGAAGAAAAAACGCGAACAAAGAAAGAGGGAGAAGAAAACAAAGAGUGUGUUCCAUAAUGCUUAGAAUAUAAUUGUGUUUUAUAGCAGAACUCCCAACCUUUGGUUAAAUCUCCCUCUCUGGAGAAAUAAUAUUUUCAUGCCCACAGUAUCCCGAAGUUAACAAAUCUUUCUGGGCUAGUCUCAAUUCAUUAAAUUUAAAUAAAUACCUACUAUAAUAUAAAAUAUAUAUUACUACUAUAACACGAAAUAUAUUUUAUAUUGUAAUAAUUUUUGAAAAAUAAAGGAUAAUAAAUACAUUUA